GGGAGGAUGAACGACACGUUGCGUGGAAGGACAGGUUCAAGAAGGCGCUAAUCAGCGCUGAUCAUUGCACGCGCCCCACUGGCAACGCCCGCUCCUCUGGUACUUACAUACUGUACCCUCUUACAGCCUUUUCACCGUUCCACAGACUUAGGGCACAAGGAUGUUGCUGAUUCCUUCUCUUCCUCCCGUCUGUUGCCCUCCUCAGCACUCCUCUAACAUGUUCUGACAACCUUUCACUUCCAACGCACACAGGUGGACGAUGGGUGGCUGCCGGAUCAGGCAGUUGGAUUCUCCAACCAAACACAAUGAAGUUGCGGGUUCAGUGGCCACUUCCAACCAUUUGUUUCUCUCGCGACCCGAUUCCCACGCCCGUUCGCUUACAGCGAGUUCAACCCUCUCACCCCCUCUUCAACAAGCCAUGUUCGCCCAACCCCGCCCCACCACCUCCCCCACCGGCUCCAACACGCCUUCCUCCUCCUCCUCCCUUGCGCGUCUGGUCGGACUGACCUCAUCACAGACAUCGGACAUGGACCUGGUCGCCAGCCCGGUCCCCAUGUUGCUCGACGCAGUGCCCCUGUUUGAGUCGCCGAUGACUGCGCUUGCGAAGGAUUUGGAGAGGGGUUUGAAGACUACAACCCCCGGCCCAUUCCUCCGCACCCGCCAACCCUCCGACGACGAUUCCGAGACCGAGCUCCGGGACGGGUCACCCCCUUCCCGCGUGUUGGGUGACGCCAUGGAGAACCCAUUCUUGACCAAGCCGCCUAAAUUCCCUCUUGCGCUUGACAUGGCUACUGCACCGCGUAUGCCGCGGAGGUCGAAGUUGAGGGAUUCCGGGAUAUGUUUGGAGGACGAUGAGGGUGUCUUUGGGUUUGUUGGUGGGGGUGUUGCUAUUGGGCCAGCGGGAAGGUCUCACUGGGCGUCCAAGGACCGACAAAGGCCUGCCUCCGCACGCCCGGGGUUCGCCAGACAGUCCAGCGAACCUACACUGUUCCGACGAAAGAGGCAGUUGCAAGUAAGCCCCUCUACACAAGACCCUAUGAACUCAGACGGCGCCGUAUCCGACGCGUGCACCGGCCGCGGCCCAACCUCCGGCGAACUGCCGCCCCAGAAGAUGAGGCGUACACAAAGCUGCUAUUCCGGCCUGCCACGUCCUUCCACCGUCGAAGCGGAAUGCGCCAAGGUUUAUGGACACGAAGGUUCAUUGCUGCCUUGCUUCCCCGGCAAAUCGGACGCGCAUAAGCGUAUUUCCGGCGAGAUGCUCGUAAGGCUGAUCAACGGCGAAUACGCGCACGCGGUCGACGAGUACCACAUCAUUGACUGCCGGUUCCCGUACGAGUACGCGGGCGGGCACAUUGAGAACGCGCUCAACGUCAACACAAAAGAAGACCUGCAGCGGUUGUUCUUUAGCCCGCCUACGGAGAACAAGCGGACUGUGAUUGUGUUUCAUUGCGAGUUUUCGUCGCAUCGUGCUCCUAGGAUGGCCUCGUUCAUGCGCACGCAGGAUCGUGAGCUGAACAUGCAAGAAUACCCAAAGCUGUUUUACCCCGAGAUCUACAUCCUGCAGGGCGGGUACAAGGAGUUUUUCAAUGAGUAUAAGACCCGCUGCCUCCCCCAACGCUACGUCGAGAUGUGCGACGCGUCCCACACCGAGACGCUCAAGCUCUCCAUGCGCAACUACAGGAAAGAGUUUGGACGGAGCGCGUCGGAGAGCUGUCUGAGGAGCUUCGGAGCUUGCAAAUGAUGGAUCCCCGAAACGCCCCGACUGUUUGUUUUUACCCACCCAUCCACCCACCAACAACACCCGCGUGUCUGCCGAUAGCUCCCCCUCGGAACACAAGAAUAUACCAACAGGACGAUACCGUGAAAGACAAUUCAAAUACCCCCGCCUUCGCCUUUGUGAAAGGAACGACAUGCAGAGAUAGAGACAUCUCCCCGGUUGGGGGUGGGAAUGGACAGUGGACUGGACUAUAUGUUCGCUCUUUUGUUUUUUUCCUUUUUUGAGGUGUUGCUGAGGACACUCUCUGGGAUUUGGAUGUAUAUAUAUUUAUUAAACAGUUUUUUUGGAGAGUUGUCGUAGAAAAAAGAGUUUUCGGACGUAAAAAAACGACGGG